AUCGUCAUCAUAUAUAUUAAUGAAGAUAAAUUCAUUCGCUUAACUCUGGCAUGGAGUAUAUCAGCCAGAUAAAAACGGAAAACUUGCAUUAUAUUUCAGAUCAAACUCGGCUGGAAUCGUUGAUUAUUGUAAUCUAUAUCUAACGUCGCCGUAUGUGAGUGCUACAAUAAAAAAUAAAUAGAAAAGCGAUUGAAAUAUUUAUAUUUUCCAAAAAUAUAUUCCACAAAGACUCCCCAAUAACUAGUGGGGGCGAUUUUACUAUUUAGAUAUAUACUCCUGCACUUUUGGAUGCAAGCAUGAAACUUGGCACACAUGUACAGUAGCAUCCCCUGAUCAAUUUUGCAAUGUCAGUCGUUAUUUCCGCAAUCCCCAUCACAGAAACAUAGUGGUGUACAUACGAAAAAUUGUAAAACAUUCAAAGAUUACAGUAUCUUGAUGUUUCUUCCACAUCUAAAAUCAUGGCUCAAUAAAGCUCAACGAGUCGAUUUAGUGUGGGAUGAUUAUUUUGAUUACAGCUUAAAAGCAGGCUCGAGAGAAAGAAGAGGAAGAGGCCAACGUAGAAGGGUGCAUUCGUCAGCACCUCUGCCCACUGACUGGCAAGCAUUUUUGAGAUUAGAUGAAAAUAAGAAGGAGCUUUUCUCUUUUCUGUCUAUGGAAGCUGGAGACCUAGAAACAGGAGGAACAUAGCUGAUUGUUACUCUAAUAUAAAGGGUCGUUUGUCAUCCAACAAGGGAAACACACAUUCUUGCACUAUGCUCACACGAGGAAGCGGACACGAGAAUGAUGGUACAUGUUGCAGAUGCUGCUGCAUCAGGUUAUAGUUUAAUCCUGAUACGAACUGUGGACACUGACGUUGUUGCACUUGCAGUUGCGGUUGUUAAUGAAGUUGAAGUUUCAGCACUCUGGAUCAUGUUCGGAACAGGAAAGAAUCCAAGGAUUCUACCGAUUCAUGGAAUUUCCAAGAAGCUCGGGAAAGAAAAGUCGCAGAGUUUACCCCUAUUUCACGCUCUAACAGGAUGUGACACAACGUCUUUCUUCCUUGGUCAUGGCAAAAAUAGGGCUUGGACGACGUGGGAAAAUCUUCCAGAUCUGACUAAGACGCUGUUAAGCCUACUGAAGCUAGAGGGGACAAGCGAAGUGCCUGCACAAUGCAUGCAAAUGAUUGAAAGAUUCAUCGUUCUGCCCUACGAUCGGAGAAGUAUGUUGUCGAAGCUAGAUGAGCCAAAAAAUAAUUUAGACUCGUUGGAUAUUGAACAAACUUCAGAAGCAGAAGCUUUCCUCUCGGAUAAUAUUUUAUUUCUCUUCAGGUUAAUGAGCUACGAGAUCAUCUGUUUACAAAGAAAAGGAAAAUUCCAGAGAACAUCCCCCCUACAUCAAAUUCUCAUACGUAGAGCAAACUUCCAAGGUGUGUUUAUUUGGAGCAAAGCAACAGAGGUUUCACAAAAUUUACCUGAUGCACAGAGAUGGGGAUGGGAAAAAGUAGGAAACAAAUUUUUACCAAGAUGGAUGACUAUCCCUGAAGCAGCAAAAAUUUGCACAAAGCUGAUUCAUUGUGGCUGCAAGCAAUGUUCCCUCUAA